AUGGCGACCGACUACAGCAAGAAGACCAAUGCUGAGCUGGUCGAGAUUCUGAAAUCCCGAUCGCUUCCCCACACUGGCAAGAAGGCCGAUCUGGUCGCGCGAAUCCAGCAGGACGACGAGACCAAAUCCGCGGAAGCUGCUCCAGCUCCAGCUGCCGCUCCCGCUGCUACCGCCGAAGAUGUCAUUGACUGGGACGACGAUGUCCCCGCUGAGACUGCCAAACCUUCCACGGAGGCUUCCGCGACUGCCAUUGCUGCUGGCGGCAAGGGCCCGGUGGCCAACCCCGUUGCCGUCCCGAAUCAGAAGCUCGACGUCGACCCUGCUACGACGAACGACUUGAAGGUGGAAUCGGCAGGUGGUGCCGACACUGCAGCUGCACCCGAAGCUGAGACUGCGCCUGCGACCGAGAAGAAGCCCGCUGUGGAUUACACUCGUGGCCUUGCAGCAUCCGACCUGGAGGCCGAAUUGGCGAAGCGCAAGAAGCGCGCUGAGAAGUUUGGCAUCAUUGAAGAUGAUGAGACUGCCCGCAAGGAGGCUCAGAAGCAGUUGGAUCGGGCGAAGCGAUUUGGCACCGGUGCCGUGGCCGAGACUAGCUCUAGUGUUGGUGUCAAGGGUCUUGACGAGGCUCUUCCCGAAGAACGCUCUCGCAAGCGUGGCCGUACUGAGCAGGGUGGUCGUGGAGGCAAGCGACGCGAUGUCGGCCGUAACCGCAACCGCCGUGGAGACGGAAACCAGAACCGCAAUGCUGGUGGACAGAAUGGGAACAGUGGGAAGAGUGCACAGACUGGACAGAGCACGCAGCAGAAAAGUUGGGAUGAGAAGGACCGUCUAGCGAUGGAAGCUCGCAAGAAGCGUUUUGCGGCCGCCAAUUAG